AGCUAACACAAUCUCUCCUUACUCUCUCCCAAUCCUCUAUUCAAACGAGAAUUCUGUUCGAGGGGUCCGGAAUUUGGUGACGAAAAGGAAGAUGGUAAUGAGAAUAAAAACCCCCCACCAACAUUCUCUUCUGCAAAACAAAAAAAACUUGUCUUGUUUUUUUGUUUCUCUCUCUUUCUCUCUCUCUCUCUCCCCUCAAUGGGUUUUCUCUUUGAUAGAGCUUCGAGCUUGAAUUCUUCAAUGGCGGCUGUCUAAUUCCACCCUUCAUUUCCGACAAAGCUUUCUUUCUCUCAUAGUUUCAUGGAGGAUUGAAUCAGAGCUCACGCCAAACGACGCCGUUUUCCGAUGCAUGGUUAUGUAUCUGAUAUGCACAAAAAGGAUUUGAAGAUGUGUUUGCCAUUUGCUGAUAUUGAUGAUCUUCGUAAGAUGGAUGAACGUAUACUCUCGGUCCCGCCGGUGUAUGAUUCGAGUUUCGACGAGCAGCGAGGUGAAAGACGUUGGCAAGAGAGUUCUGAUAUGGCUGCAGAUCAAGGUUUUAUCUUUGAUGGCUGUCGAGAUGUAAUCAGUGGAAGAACAAUGGCUGGUUAUGCUUCUAAUUCCAGUUGUGAUCGGAAGGGAAAGAAACUUGAAGUUGCAGAUAACUGUAAUGUUGCUCUGAUAUCACAAACCGAGCCAGGUUGUGCAAGUCCUGAAGUUCAUGAUAUUGAGCCUGAGAAAAGCCUUGCAGCUCAUCUAAAUGGACACUUAAACAUAGACCAAGAACAUCAUACUGCUAAACUUCAAGAAACUGGAGAUGCUUCCAUGGAAUCCUUUGAAAGCAAAGUUUCAUCAUCCGAAAGUGCUGAAUCAGUCGGAAACAGUCUUCAUCGUCGUCGUUAUCAAGGAACGUCGCGUCGUCGACGAGCCCCAAAGUUUCGUCUAUUGACCGAAUUGCUAGCAGAAAGUGAAAACAAGAAAGCUAAACAACCUGAAAGUUCUCCAUCCAAUGUCACUGCCAAGGCAUCACGGCAGGCAGCUCCGAAGUCCGUAAAGCCAUCUCGAACAAGUAAGUAUGCAGCCGAUCGUGCUGCUAUCUUAGCACACGACAACGAGUUUUCGAGCCGAAAUUCACGGUCGACGUCGUUGAAUGCCAUGGAAUCUAAAUCUAGUACAUCUAUGAAUCCAAAUUCAAGCAAGGAGUCUCUCAAUAACUAUGCCAAUCUACAAAGGAACCACAAACGAAUCCGUCGUGGUCGUCGUCGAGGAGAAAAUGAGCAGCCAUCUGACCGUGGGUCGUCCGAUGACAUCCCGAUGGAAAUCGUCGAACUAAUGGCGAAGAAUCAAUACGAAAGACGUAUUUCUGAUGCAGAGAAUCAUAUGCUUUGGCAUAAUGCUUCUAUUCAUUCUCAAGAGGAAUCAUCAAAUGGUUAUGAUAUACAAUCUUCUGAAGGAUUCAUAGAUCAUUUACCUGUUUCAGAACAGAACAAAGAACAAGCUUGUUCAUGGUCUUCUUUUGAAGCACAUAGCCACAAACUUGCAGAGAGUUCAUUUCCUAGCCGUCCUAACGUGGUUGAGCGUCAUCAAGAUCGUGUCGAUUCGAACGAGUUGUACUCGGACGAAACCAUAUCAGCAAUGCACUUGCUUAGCCUCAUGGAUGCCAGGACUCCAUCUAAUGCACCCUUCCAGCUUAGUACAGGAUUUGAAACCGAUACCAAUUUCUCCGGUCGGGCUGUCUCUAAGUCUCGAAAUGGAUCGAAAAUGAAAUGCUCAGCUCCAUCUGCGUCGAGCAACGACCGAAAGCCGUUAACAGGAACUCCGAAGAACAAGACAAGCAUUUCUGAGACUGAAACAUGUAGUGUCAACAAAAAUCCUGCAGAUUUUAGCUUUUCUGAAGCAGAAAAUACAUACAUGAUUGGAGGUAGAAGUCCUGUUUCUAAGAACAGAUCUAGCUCUGUUCGUUCCGAUGAUCGGUCGAAACGGCCGAGGAUCGUGUAGCACGAUACCGAAAGGCUACAUGGAUCAAAUAGACACAGAUAAAUCUGGUGCAAUCCUUCCUGGAAGGAUGUUUGGACAUAUUAAGCUUGUUUUGAGCAAAUUUCUGCUAACUGAGCCAUCCUUAGCAUAGCAACAAGAUCUUGGUGUCUUCAUGGGCUAUGGGGAAGGUUGCUAGAAAUUCUGGCUUUUGUACUUCUAGUUUUUUAUUUAUAAUAUGUUCAGAGCAUAUUUGUAACAGCUUAGCUACUGCUCGUAUAUAUUAUCUGCAUUCGCCUA